GUUUGUUCAAGAAAAAUUCGAAGAAAUAUUCAACAAACAUGCAUGUACUUCAAAUGGAAACGCCUUGACAUCCCAAGAAUUGGAUGAAAUGCUUGAGGCAAACAGGGAACCAAAUGACAAUAAAGGACGUAUUGCUGCUUUGUCAGAGUGGAAGAUUCUGUAUUUGCUUUGCAAAGACAAGCAUGGAUUACUGAGAAAAGAAAUAGUUAGAGGUGUUUAUGAUGGUAGCCUAUUUGAACAAAUGGCCAAGGACCACCAAUCCAAGAAGAAACAGUAAUUAUAUUAUCUUCAUCUAUGUUGAUUGGAUUCUUUAAAAAUGAUGGCGGGUGCACGUUAAAUCCUUCAAAAGUACGUAAUGCAUUUUUGAAGGAUCCGAUACAAUUGUGAGAUCUGUUUUGGAGAGUCCGAACAAAAUAGACCUUCAUUGCAUUAAUUGUUUCUCAAUUGAUUUUUCCAUUAAUUUGAAAAGAAAUUGGUAUACAUGUAAUUUCAUACGUUCUCAUGUUUUCCUAUCCACAAUAUACAAUGUAAGUACAUUUGUUUUGUAUGGAGUGACAGCUAGAAGCUUGUGGAUUUUCUUUGUAGUUGUGAAACAUUAUUUUCUUUGUACUGAUAAAUGGAAGUGAUUUUAUCUCA